CAGGCAACAUCGUACACUCUAACAUUAAAAUACCUAAGGUACCCGAUGUUAAUUAAAUCUUACAUGUAACUUAACUUGUUCAAUUGAUUUAUGAUGGCAUGUAAAAUCAAAAGAUGAACUUGCAUCAAUUGAAAACACAAACACUCAAAGUGACUUAGUUAUACCCUACACAGCUGCACCUGUUCCUCUACAGCUAGAAUCAACUUGGAUUGUUUAACGACUAUCAUCAAGAUCCAGGAAGCCGAGGAAAAAUGAGCCAGCGACGUAGAAAAAUACGGGAUGCGGGAGCCGAUGACGAGGAGCGUCGCCAAUAUGAAACAGGAGGACAAACCCUCCAAGAGCUCGACGCGAAAUAUCCAAACCGGCCUAAGAAUCACUCGAGAACAUUAUUCUUUUCAGACUUAUGCAAAGAUCUUUUUAACCCUCUAAGUGAGAACAAACCGCAAGCUGGCCCUAAACUCGCACGCACGAGAGCUGCAUCUCAGAAGCAGAAUAAGCUUUCUCCGCAGGAGCAAAAACGUAAUAUCAUCGAACGCUUCAUCUCAAGAUGGCGCACAGAGGUGGGAGACGACAUCUACCCUGCUAUGCGCUUGAUCCUAUCCAAUUCCGACCGUGACAGAGGAAUGUACGGGCUCAAGGAAAGUAAUAUUAGCAGGCUACUCGUCAAGUUAAUGAGGAUCGAUAGGAACUCUGAAGAUGGCUAUGAUCUCCUACACUGGAGGAUGCCAAGCAAGUCAGCAGCCGGUCGUGCCGCAGGCGACUUCACCGGGAGGUGUUUUGAUGUGCUAUCAAAGAGACCCAUGCGUAUAGAACCCGGGGAUAUGCGUAUUGCUGAGGUCAACGAGAUGCUAGACAAGCUGGCGGCCGCGUCCGGCGAGAGCGAACAGCUACCGAUAUUCGAAGUCUUCUAUCAACGCAUGAACCCAGAAGAAUUGAAAUGGCUCAUUCGCAUUAUAUUAAAGCAGACGAGGGUGGGAGCCACGGAGAGGACGUUCAUGGAUCUGUGGCAUCCUGAUGCGCAGGAUCUAUUUAGUGUAUCGUCGAGUCUCCGCCAAGUUUGUUGGGAUCUCUACGACCCCAAAUUCCGGCUCACCGAUGGCCAAACAAAUGUUACCUUGAUGCAAUGUUUCCAACCCAUGCUCUGCCAUUACCAGAUGUCUACUUCUUUCCAGAAGAUGGUCGAUAAGCUCAACUCAAAUAAUCGGGUAGAAGGUGAUGACGAGUUCUGGAUCGAGGAGAAGUUGGAUGGUGAGAGGAUGCAACUACAUAUGGAAGAAGGUGACGAUGUGCCCGGCGGCAAGAGGUUUAAGUUCUGGUCCAGAAAAGCCAAAGACUACACCUACCUCUAUGGCGAGAGCUUCGAAGACGCCAAUUCGUCGCUAACCCGUCAUAUCAAGGAUGCGUUUGCCCCUGGGGUACGAAAUAUUAUCUUGGAUGGCGAAAUGAUAGUGUGGGAUCCUGAACUCGACAAGGUGUUGAAAUUUGGCACCUUGAAGACGGCCGCCAUCGCAGAACAGCGGAACCCACACAAGGAUAACGCACCUCGGCCAGUACUUCGCGUCUUUGAUAUCCUUUACUUAAACGACCGACCUCUAACGCAAUAUACCCUGCGAGAUCGACGGAAUGCGCUCGAAAAAGCUGUGCCGGGAGUACCCCUUCGGUUAGAAGUACAUAAAUACGACAAGGAAAACUCGGCAGAUGCAAUAGAGCCAAUGCUGCGUAAAAUUGUAUCGGACGCCUCCGAGGGGUUGGUUAUAAAGAACCCAAGGUCUAUGUAUACUCUCAACGAUCGUAGCGACAACUGGAUCAAAGUUAAGCCAGAGUAUAUGACUGGCUUUGGUGAGUCGGUGGAGGUUAUUAUCAUUGGGGGCUACUACGGAUCAGGUCAUCGUGGUGGUGUACUAGGAUCCUUUCUCUGCGGACUUCGUGCCUCCGAAAACGAUAUCAAAGCCGGAGCGAAAGCGGAAACAUGCUACAGUUUUGUCAGAGUCGGCGGCGGAUUCAGCGCAGAAGAUCUCGCAGAAAUACGACAUCUCACAGAAGGAAAAUGGAAGUCCUGGGACCCGAAGAAGCCGCCGAGUGAAUAUAUCCAACUUGCCGGCGGUGAUAAAUACCAGAUCCUUCGACCCGACGUUUGGAUUCGCCCAAGUGAAUCUCUUGUCAUCUCUGUCAAAGCAGCCAGUGCAGGGGAAUCGGAUCAGUUUGCAAAGGGCGUUACGUUGCGAUUCCCACGGUUCAGGGGCAUGCGACUUGAUAGAAGCUGGGAUUCCAGUUUGGAUUUCCAAGGCUUUUUGGAUAUGAAAGCACGAGCCGAAAAGGAGAAUGAAGAGAAAGCGAUGAAGAUGGAAACGCACAGGAAACGGGCAACCAAGCGAACUAAAAGGGAUAUCGUGAUCGCAGGUCAGGACAACACCGCUCCGGUCAUAUUCGAAGGCCCAAAAACCAAAGUAUUCGAAGGUCUGGAGUUCUGCGUCCUAACGGAUUGCACAACUCCGGUUAAGAAGUCGAAAACACAGCUUGAGACGCUGAUUAAGGAGAACGGCGGCAAGAUACAUCAGAGAGCCAAUCCGGGAACCAACAUACUCCUUAUUGGCGAAAAGAAAGUAGUCAAAGUAGCUAGCCUGAUAAAAGCUGGCGACGUAGACAUCAUCAAACCAAAAUGGGUACUUGACUGCCUUGCACAGCGUGACAAGGACUUUCUCCUCCCUUUUGAGACGGGACAUAUCUUCCACGCUACCGAGGCCACGAUGCGCCAAGCGGAGGAGAAUGUAGAUGAAUUUGGCGAUAGUUACGCUAGAGAUCUGAGUUUGAAGAACUUUAGACAACUACUCGAAUCCAUGCCAAAGAAGGAAGUCAUCGUCGGAGAGCCCUUUAAGAAGGAGGAUUUUCUUAACCAGCUAGCCGAUCACGGCCACGACAUCAGUGGGUUGAGGAGUUAUCUAUUCAGGGGAGCAAGGAUACACUUCGCGGUGACAGGUGAAGUCUCGCCUAUAUCAUGUCUCAAGCUCAAGAAUUGGGUCAAAUAUGGAGGGGGAUCGAUAGCUGAAGAUCUAGGGGACAUAAGCACAACACACGUGGUAAUAAUAAGUGAUAGCGAGACUGGUGAGAUGGAACGAGCAGCAGAAGUACGUUCAUCCAUCAAUAACCGGACCCCUGUUCCUAGAGUAGUUUCACGGCAAUGGGUCGAGGAUUGUUGGAAGAACCGGACUACAAUGGAUGAGGAGAGAUAUGCACCAUUAUGACGAUGGAAAUAGCCAACACAAGCGAUUAGCCUAAAUAUUCCUCAUUUUAUUCAUGCUGAUGGGGCUAUCUAUGGUAUCUUUACUUUCCUAUCGUCAAGAACAAGCGAUCACCCACAUCUCCUACACCCGGCUUCAGCAUGCCGUUUGAUGUGAGCUGGGCGUCAACACCGGCAACCCAUAUCUCCACAGCUUCGGGCCACUCCUCGGCAGCGCGUCGCACACCAUCAGCGGCGGCGACAACGGAUAGGACGAUGAUGCGCUUAACACCCCACUCCUUGAGAGUCUGUAUGGCGGCAGCACAGGUCCCGCCGGUUGCGAUGACGGGAUCUACGACGAUAGCUAGGCUUGACGCAUUCGUUCCCGGUUCGUUUGUCGAC